UCCUUCUGUAACGUACAGUCAGGCAUCAGUCACUCGUCACAUUUUGGGGUCAAGCACCCCGUUUGCACUCAUACACAGUCAGUCCUAUUUGACAGCAAAGGCACCACGUUCACAUUUGCAGCAUCCUUUUGUACAUUCUGCGCCUCAUUCAAAGCAGCCUAAUAUGUUUGCCGCAUCUCAAUCAAGUCACAACUCAGAAACAAUUGCUGACACAGCUUCGUCUCAAUCACAAGCGCAGCUUCCAGUUGCUCGCUUUUCCAGUUUUCCCCCUCUUAGUCAAGCACAGAAUCCCAUGACCAACAACCAGACAACUUCUUCAGGUUCAGUCGCUGUUUCAUCUACUUCAGAUUUGUCUCUAAAGCAGCAACACCAGACAGUUACCAAAAGUCACUUAUCCCAAUUCCACAAUGACCAAUCCUCAACUCAAACAUCUCAAGCCAAAGUGGAAAACUCAAGCCAACAUAUGGACCAGGAACCUUAUUCACAGCAUUUGCCAACGCUUUCAAAAAUAUCUAAAAGUGAUCCUCAAGAAACCUCUACCCAAACUCCUUUUUCCAAGGUAAAUUUUCAGCAAUCCACCAUUCUGUUCUAUCUUCCUUCUUCACAGCCCACGCUUUCUUCAAGUGUUGAGUCUAAACAACCAAAAACUCAUGAUCAGGUCUCUUCCAUGCAGACUGACCCAACUGUAACUUGGGCUACACUUGCUCAAAACCAACCUCGAUUAUAUCCAACCCAACCUCCACAGUUUAACUUGCAGCCACCUCAACAAGAACCCCCUCCACACCAACACAGGGAGCCACUUCCUGAUCAGAUGUUUGAGCUUUCCACGUUUGACUCUGAGGUGCAUGUUGAUCAUCAGGUCACUGUGUCCAAUCAAGUGCAACUAAAUGACAGCCAGCAAGGACACCGAGUUAAAUCAGCAAACAACACAGAACUUAUCGAUGAGCUAAAGAGGAACACCUCCCAAUCACCGAUGGUCAGCAAUGAUCCCAGGGACAUGAAGGAGGCUCCUUCCUGGCUGCCGGUUUUGGAGAAACAUGACAUCCCCAUUGUGGUGGGAGUUGGUUUAUCUCUGGCCUUCAUCUUCAUCACCGUUACCUUCUAUUCAGUGGUCCAAAAGAACGACUCUGCGCCCACAAGCCGAUCAGCUCAGAGAAAUUUAGGUGUCCCUGUGAGACACACUGAAUGUCGAGCUACAGGGCGAACAUAUGAAAACAGAGCAUUUGAAGAUGAUGACUGUGUGGCAGUGAUUGAACAGAGCCCCAACACAUCAGACACACGUGCCAGACCUCCUGGCCUCAGUCUGGUCACGGUACAGGUGGAACCCACAUCAGAUGACCUUCAAGAGGACAUCCAACCCACUCUGGACAACUGCUCAGUGUCUGUUGAGACUUAUCCUGAGCCCAUACUGGACACAAAGGUGGAUUCGUCCAUGGAUGAGAAGGGCUGCAGUUUGUCACAGCCUAGCAUCCAGCUGCACGCCGCAGAGGACUGGACCAUCAGUGCAGGAGACAACUACAGUCCGUGCCAUGUCUCCUUACCUCCUCCAUCCACGUUGCCAUCAUGUUCUCCUUCCCCCUCUCCCCCAUCCAGAUGUGUGGAGGGUGUACACUCCUCAUUAACCCUGCAGGUGGCUGAGCCGUGUGGAGCACCGCUUCACCACAACAUCAGCAUCUCACACGCCAAUCCUCCCCUACAACUCUCUCACCACGUCUCUUUGGGGCUAACCACGGUUGCCGUGGACAUCCAUUUUUACCCAGUGGCCACUGUAUCGAUGGCACUGAGUACUAGCACUCGUAUCACUUCAGUGUCCAGUUCCGCUUCAGUGGCUGCACCGUUGUUCAGCCCCCUGUUGUCUAACAGCCAGGAGACUGACCAAUCAGAUGGCACAUUACCUCACACAAAAUAGCGACAGAGUGAUCCCCACACAUAUAUCUUAUCAAACUGGUGGACAAC